GCACACAGUAGGAAACCAGAGCAUCAUAACAUUGUCCCACACAGCAGCUAACAGCGGGGUUGCUACAAUAUAAAACUCGCGGGCCGCACUAACAUUAAACUUUCAUAUUAAGGUGGGGGCCACAAAAUAUCGUCCCGAGGGCCGCAAUUGGCCCGCGGGUCGCGAGUUUGAGACCCCUGCCUUAGAGCCUAGUCUCACAUGGUGUUGGACUAGAUGACGCCUUUUGGCGUCAGGAAAGCUGUCUCGGGUGUGGACCAAUCAACUUCAAGGACAAUGCAUACAUUAUCAGAGUUAUGUUUUUUGUUUGCAUUAUGACUGCAGGUAUUGUGGUCUAUGCAAACAUGACUUCUUGUAAAAAAAAGGUGUCAGUUUUGUUGCCAGAUAAAAGGGUAAAAAAACAAUUAUCAUAUUUUUCUACUGGCAAAUGAGGUUCCAAAGGUAUGUACACAACAGAGAGCUAACUGUGUGGUUGCUUUUGGGAUUUCACGCUGCCCUUUUUGUUAAUGGCCAGCUUUCAGCAUUGCAAAAUGGCAUCGUUUGGCAGUGUUGUGACUCGCACAUUUAUGUUCUUGCUUGUGCUUGUGGCUGACCGCAGCCUUGAUCCCAGCCCUGCAACAACCGUGACCUCAACACAGACUCCACGCCUAUCUUCUUGCACGAUACCCAUAAAGAGGAGAUUCUACAUCAGAAUGGCGUGCGCGAUGGCAACCCCAGUGCUUGAGCCUAGCAGGGACUUCCCGGCGUGGCUGGAGGCGCAGGGCGUGAACGAGGAGGUGGCCCGGGCCAUGGACUCUGAGCUGGGCAUCCGGGACUACGGGGUCCUGCGCGCCUGCAUCGGGGACGGCCUCGUGCGUGCCGAGCUGCUUUCCACGGCGCGCGACCGCCUGCCCUUCGGCUUCUACGCCGUGCUGCGGCAGGUGGUGAAGGCCCUGCAGGGUGCCGAGCUCCACAACGCUGGGACGUCACCCUGGGACGCUGCGCCAUCUCCGGGCGACGUGACGCUGGGAGGCCUGGUGGACGUGCUGCUCACACUUUUCAGCGGCUUGAGCCGAGAGCUACUGGUUUGCGCACAGAGGCUGGGAGACUUUGAUGGUGCUGGGGCCAGUGCCGGACGCUCCAUUUCGGACAGCAAGGAAAUAAUUUUUGAGGAAAAAGCAAUGGAUGAUGCAGAUGAUCAAGAUGUCGAUGAAAAUGAUGGGCACACCCGGGCCUCAUCAGAGGCAGGAGACUGCAGCCCAAACCCGUCGCUGCACAUGAUCAAAACCGAGGCAAGCUGCGCUGACGGUGAUCAUCAGAGUCCCACGUCGGACCAGAGAGACUCCAGCCCCAGCCAGACGCCGCCCAGGAUAGAAAGAGACGCGUGCGGAGGUAAUGUGGGCUUUGUCAUCCAACAAGUGACCUCGCUUCAGGAGAUGGGACUGGACCUAACGAAUGCAACCAAUGUUGACUCCUAUCCCUGGCUUCAACAGCAGCAGCAGCAGCAACAACAGCAGCAGCUGCCGGUCGACAAAAUACAAAUUGACACUGGCUGCACGGUCCCGCCCAUGUGUGCCGCUUACCUGCCCAAGCCGCUCACUGAAGAUCACAUUGACAGGCAGGAUGAGGCACCGUCCAGGAGCGACACUCUGCCUCCUGCCGCCGCCGCCGCGUACCGCGUGCCGAACUUUAAGCUGGUGCGGCGGCGGCGCAUGCUGCCGGUUCCCGUGCCGGCGAUUGCGGGCGGUGAAGACAACAAGCCGUUCCGGUGCAGCGUGUGCGCCCAGCGCUUCUCGCAGCGCGGCAACCUCGAGACGCACCUGCGCACGCACACGGGCGAGCGGCCGUACCGCUGCGCGACGUGCGGACAGGCGUUCUCGCAGAGCGCCCACCUUAAGUCGCACCAGCGCACGCACACGGGCGAGAAGCCGUACCGCUGCAGCAUGUGCGGGCAGAACUUUUCAUACUACUGCAGUCUCAAGCGUCACCAGUACAUGCACACGGGCGAGAAGCCCUUCCAGUGCUCGGAGUGCAAUCGUGCAUUCCUCGACCUGAGCAGCCUCAAAAGCCACCUCAACAAGCAGAGCGAGGAGGAGGUGGGGUGGAACCACGCGGCGGCGUUCCCCAUCGCGGCUGUCACCGUGGAACUGUGGCACCGGCACCCAGCCAUCGGGGAGCUCCUGUUCGCUGACCUGCUGAGCAAGUGCCCCUACUUGGCCCCUUUCUUCCCUCGUCCCACGCCUGGGCAGAGCCAGGAGGACGCUUUCAGGAUCCUCGGUUACCGCUUCGAGGAUGGGACACUAGAGGACGAAGACUUGUUCCUCCAGAGAAUGUCGGGCAUGGCGCGCCUGUACGCGGCCAUCGUCUCUGCACCCGUGUCUCCCUCCAGUGGCGACAAGAGCCACCCCCACGGCGUGAGUUACGGCUGGUCCUGGCUCACGCGGGUCCUGGAUAUGGAGCCCAUGGCCAAUGUCACCCCCACCGUGCUCUUCGGCUUUCUGGAGGUGGCAGGCAGUGCCAUGGAGGUUGCAUACGGCGAUCAGCUCUGGGAGCUGCUCGAUGUGCUAAGGAAAGAAUACAUCCCAAGAAUCGAGAAGGUGUACAUCCCGCAGCAGAUGGGAGCUGUGGUCAGACUGAGGCUGUUCCUCGAGGACUGUUUUGUUAAUCGGGAGAUUCCUUUGCCAAGCGGGCAUCUCUCAGAAGAAUUUUGGAAGGCUUAACAAGAUCACCCUUCACACCUGUACAUUAUGUAAAUAUAUAUUUUUGUAUGUAAGUAAAACCCUAC